AUGGCAGCCAUGUCGCCAACCGGGAUAGGACAGGGGCGCCCAGGUCAGCCUAACGGCAGCAUCUCGCCCCGUACCGUCGCGGAGCCCAAGCAGGUUACGUUCGUCUUGAUCUUCCAGGCAUCGCGGGGGCGCCUGCCCCUUCGUGUCAAGAUCUACCCUCACGACGCCACAGAGUCGAUCGUGUCGACGGUCAAGAACUUUUACGGUCUGUAUACCACCCAGACUAUCUCCAAAGGCGUAAGCUUUGAGGAUGCGGAGGGCAACAUCCUCAUUCCCCACUACGAGAACUUUGUUCAUGAUAUGACCGUUUCCGUGCGGGUUCACGACGAGCUUCCCCGGCCGUAUUCCUAUGACCACCCGCCAGCGCCCCAACACAACUUUUAUACCGCCGAAACCUUCAUGUCCCAGUCGCCUCUGCCACCACCUCCGCGCCCAGAUGACCAUCUCUUUGCCAGACCUCACUCGCCGCCUGCGUCACGCCUGCGUAGCCCUUCGCCUAAUGGCGGACGUGGACGUCGCAGCGGCUCGGCAAACAACAACCCCGGCUCCAAGAAGGUACGGUCACGUUCUGUCAAGAACAGAUCGCAGUUGAAUGGCGACAGUCACGGUGAAAGCUUCAACGGCUACAGCAGCGGCGACGGCGCGCCAGGCUCGUCGUCGAGCAAAAGCAAGGACCAUCUCGGCAACACGGAAAUCAGUGUGGACAAUAUCGUCGAGGGUGGCCGUCGCAAGCGUCCCAAGUUUGACAGCUCGGAGUUGCCUCUCUAUGCCCCUCUGCAGAUGCCCGCGGCCACGUCCAACCCUUCCGUCUCACCGGCGCGGCGUGCUGAUCAUCAGCAUCGUCCCUCGCUGCCAUAUAUUCAGUCUGGGCCAAAUCCCUUCAGCAAUCCUCGGCCUUCUUUGCACUCCCCACACAGUUACAACAACGGGUUUGCGCACCCUUCCACGUACCCCACGCCCAGCAGUGACAUGCGGCGCUCGCGCGGCAGCUUCGGCUUCGCGGCCACGCCGGGGAUGCCCAUGGUGGCGACACCAGACGGCACCGCCAACAGCUGCAUGUCUGAGGAAGACAAGGACGUCGCCAUCCAGCUUAUGCGCCUGGGUGAGAUCUCCACGCAUGGCCGGACGUCGGCGUCCACCAUGGACGACACCUUUAGCGGCAGAGCGGACGCCACCUCGUCGACGGGUGCCACCAGCGAGGCGGACAGCGAUCACGACGUGCCGGCGGCGCGGAGACAGAAGCUCGACGCUGCCGGUCACCACAAGAAGGUCCUCCAUACCACAGAGAGCCACUUUGUCGGCCCCGCCGACGGCGCCGACACGAGCGGUGAAGAUGGUUACUGCUCGGACAGCGCCCCCAAGCCCGCCAUGGCGGCUCCCAAGCCGAGAACCAAGCUCAAGGCGAACACGCUUCACCAAGCCAAGGCUGCCGCGGCUGCCGCGGCUGCUGCUGCGCAGUCCAAGCCUCGGCCUCAGAAGCCCAAGGUCAAGAAGGAGCCCGCGGCCGUGAAGACGGCAGCCGUCAACGGCGGUACCGCCGCCGCUUUGGGUCCCAUGUCCCCGGCCUCGCUCCCGGCUUCACGCAAGCAGUCUGUCGCGUCCAACACCGGGCUUUCUCUUGCUGCCGGGGAUGACGAGCACCCCGACUUGUCGACCAAGCCUCGCUGCCAGAGGUGUCGCAAGAGCAAGAAGGGGUGCGACAGGCAGAGGCCUUGCGGUCGGUGCAAGGAUGCGGGGCUGGGGGCGGAUCAGUGCAUCAGCGAGGAUGAGGGGAAUGGGAGGAAGGGGAGGUAUGGGAGGCACAUGGGGGUGCCGCUCGUCAAGGAGGAGGUUGCUGCUGCGCCGGUUGCGAUGACGACGUUGCCGCCGAUGAUGGGGGGUGGGUUCGGCGGGGGGGUGACUGGCGGGGCGGAGUACGCCUCGGAGGUUGGAGGGGGGGAUAAGGGGAAGAAGAGGAAGAGAUGA